CUCCCUUCUCCGGUGCUGUGUUGGUUUUGUUCGGAAGACUUUGAGCUUUCGAGGUUUUGAUGCUUGAGCUACCGUGCUUCCCAGCCGCUCAAGUAUGUUGGAACCGCCCUGUGCUCCCUCCUCCAAUGACCCUUCCAGGCGACCCUCGACUCUUUCUUGCAGAUCUUGGUAGGUGCUCGUUGAUUUUCCAGAUCUGGCCACUAUCGGAGUGGAUCUCUGCUGCGAUGUCCUGGAGAUUUCGCGCCAUCCUCUCUAGAGUAGAUUGAAGGGUGUCCUAUGGCUGGAUCGGAUGACCAUAGGUUACUCAAGUGACUUCACCUCCCUUCUUCCUACGCAUCGGGUCUACUCUGCUUUACUUCUCUAGUUUGUUCUUUUCUUUGUAUGUUACCCUUAUCCUUUUGGAUAAGGUUUGGAUGCAUAUGACGUAUGGCAGUUUCCUAAUGCAUUGUUAAUUACUUUUUCCUCAAAAAAAAAAAGCUUGAGUAAUUUUAAAAUCUACCUGUUGUGUUGAGUAAGAGUUGUUUUUUUAUUUGUAAAAUUUUAAUUAAAAAUUUGAUUUUUUU